AUGUUCAAGUUUUUCGCUCUCUGCCUGUUCGCCAUUGUUGCCUUGGCCGCUGCUAAGCCGCAAUUCCUGACCAGCUACACUGCUGCUCCGGUGCUUGCUGCCUCGCCCUAUGCCGCCUACACCAGUGGCGUCUACGCUGCCUCUCCUUAUGCCGCUUACAGCACCUAUGCUGCUCCUUAUGCUGCUGCCUAUAGCGCCUACCCCUACAGCUCGCUGUACCUGAGACGUUAA